GGUUUUAGUACAACUUCCGGUUAGGCUAACGGGGUUCUAGCAUCAUGGCUUCCGCGGUAAGGGUCGCGUCAAGAUCCUUCGCCAAUCGUUCCGGAAUCUUCGUCCAGAGCUCAACGACGCCAUUUGUGUUUCCUUCGUCUUCCUUAACACGUAUCCCUCGAGCUUUAAGGGUUUUGUCGGUUGUGAGAAGCGUUGAGUCGUUGAUGCCUCUUCACAGUGCUAUCGCGAACGCUAGGCUCACGUCCAAUAUCGCCUUCGAUUCCUCCUGCUGGAGCUUGCUUUCUCGAGACUUUGCAGUUCCUCGGUGACAGACUAAAGGAUUCCAUCAUAUCAAAUUAUAGUGGGGUUGCCAUAGACUUAAUGUUGCCUCACACCAUACUCCUGGUCUAAUUCCUUUAUGGCUGUCACAUGAAUUGGAGUCCCUUCAUACCACCUUGGAGCAUCAAAAUCCAGUUUGAAAAACAAUACUGUUCUAUUACUAAUUUUAACUUCCUAUUAAUUUCCUCCAGAUUGUGAUAUAAGGUAACUAUUCCAAAUAUUGCUGAUUGAUCUUUCACUUCCCA